UGCUUCGUCGUGUCAACAGCAGCACAAGCAGCUAACCAACAAAUAAGCGUUAAGCAUUUAGCUAGUUUGCAAGAGCAACAAAAACAACAAUAACGGUUGAAUAAAGUCGAAAUUUAAAGCGGUUAAAUAAAAGGCAAACACUGCGUGUGGCUAACGAAAAGAAAAAAAAAACAUAAAUAACAACAAAAACAGCUAGUAAGUGCUUAAGUGCAACAACGAAAAAAAAACAAAAAAAAUUGUUUGUAAAGUGUGAAAAUAACCCAUAAUAAAUACGUGCAACAACUACAACAACAACAAUAAGCGUUUGAAAAGUGGCAAACGGAAAUUGGUGCAACGUGAAGUGCGAAAAGUAAGAAAAUGAAAAAAAUAAAAUAAAUAGCGGUUGUGAAAAUUUUAAAACCAAUACACACUCGUGACUAACAAAAUUGUGGCAAAAAGUGUACGCAAAGCAAAUAAAAAAUUCAUAAAGUAAUAAAUAAAAAGUAAACCGUUAAGCGCAUAAAGCCGUCGGAAGUGUGGCAACAAAUUUCGGUGUCAUCCAGCAAAAAGAUUAUUUGAAAAAGUGAAAAAAGCUAAUUAAUUACAAAAGUAAUAUAUGUAAUUCGAGCAAGCAGACUGCCACACACACACAUAUACACACAAACGCAUGUAUAUUUUUUGGCGUACGACUUGCUGCUUGCAACAUUAAUUUUGGAGUGAAUUUGCCAAGGCUUUGCGAGCGCUUAGCUGGCCACCAAUCAACCACAACAAAAAGUAAGACCGAAGCAACAACAACCACAUACAUAUACAACACUAAUAACGCGGAUUACAACGUCGGUGGCAAACGCAACAACAAUUAUAGCGAAAAACGUUAGCAACAUACGAAGCGGCAACAUUUCGCAGCAUAUAGAACCGGUGAUUUGGAUCUCACACGAAACUGUACGAAAGGUGACCGUUAUUAAUGGAAAUAAUGUUUAAGCUGCUGGUGGUACUAACAACAUCAACUUGCUUAUUUUCGACUGUUAAUUCCGGUGUACCAAUUGCAACUGGUGGUCCAUCACUGAUCUACGAAGGCAAAGACGCCUUACUCACAUGUGUUGUCUCAGAAAAUCGUGCCAAUCACACAGUGAUAUGGAAGAAAUCCGACGAAAUACUCACUGCCGGUAUGGUGAGAGUGGCGAGCGACACACGUAUCAGUGUGUUGCAUGACGAAAGUGAAUGGAAGACAGAUCCUAAAGGACUCGAGUCAGGCGGUGAGGUGUGGGUGCUGCUCGUCAAGCGAUUGACUACCGAAGAUUCGGGUAGUUACAUCUGCGAACUGAAUUCGGAGCCCGUGCUCCGGAGCAUACAUAUACUCACAGUCAAGCAGAUACCCACCGGCAAUGAUAACAUCACGACCACCACAGAGUCGAGUGAUGUCUAUCUCGUGCCGCCGCCACUCGACGCCACAGACAAUCGUUCGUUUUGGCGCGCGCUCACUGUUGCGCCACAAAUCACACACGAUUUCACCGAAUGUUGUGAGCGCGCUAACGUCACCGCCGAGUGCAUGGGUUUCUGUAAUGUGCACAACAUAAUCGACGGCACGACGGGCAUAGAGCCCGAGGCUUGUGAGAAGGAUUUUCCGAAUAUUGUACGUUGCAUGGCGGAUGGACGCGAUCAUGUGCCCUGCUGUGUGGACAAACAAAUACCGGAUUUGUGUCAAGAUAUGUGUCGCGGUGAGUACACACCUUUCACGGAUCUGCUAAAGACUCGCGUAUCUUGCGUACAUCAUACCCUCAGCGGGUUGCAGUGCAUACUGCAGGGCGUGCAGAAUAUACCCAGCACACCGAAAAGUGUAACAGUCGAUCAUGUGUCGGAGACACGUGUCACGGUGCACUGGUACGAACCGGAAAAGCUGGCGCACAAAGUCGCCUAUUACAGUGUGAAUUUUACGGCGCUACAUAGCUUCGAUGAGGAUGAAGUGUCCAAUGCGUUUGCUUGGAAGAAACGUCCAUUAGAGCAGACGAUCAUACGCACAGUGCCGGUUAAUCAGACUACGAUGACACUGCAGGAUCUUACGCCGCUCACAAUGUACGCGAUCGUUGUGACGGCGCAUAAUGACUACGGUUCGAGUUUGCCCAGCGAACGUUUGCGUGUGUUCACCCAUACCAGUGAAGUAUUCGCGCCACGAAGUGAUGAUGCCGAAGCUUCUGCUUCGGUGGAGAGCAUUAUGCCGGAGCUGCCAAACAUACGUAGCUGUUGUGAGGCCAAAGGCAUGACGCAUCGUAAGUGUCUCGAUAAGAUGUGCGAUCCACAGAAGACCGACCUCGCCACACUGCCCGACUUUAUGGUCUGCGCACCUUGGUCUAAUAUUACCUUCACUUGUCUUGCAAAUAAGAUCGACCACACACCCUGUUGUCGUGCGCGUGGCAUACCGGCUGUGUGCUUCCCGCUCUGCUCGGGCAAAUUAUCAACACUAGACUUUAGUCUGUUCAAGUGCCUACGCUUCAUGUCCGAGUAUAGCAGCUGCCUCUUCCAGGGUUACGGCGUGCUCGCCGAUCCACCUUCGAUGCUACGUACGGUUGCAAAGGCCGACAAUUUUAUAAUUUUGGACUGGGAUAAACCCAAACGCUUGGCCGACACAAUCAGCACUUAUCAUGUCAAGUUUAGACGUUUGGGCGAAGGCGACGAUUAUCUGACGGUGGUGAAGAAAAAUCCACCGCUCAUUUUGGAGGGACUCGAACCCGAAGUCUACUAUGAAUUCUACGUAGUCUCCGUGAAUCAAUACGGCAAAAGUGAAGCCUCACCACGUCUUAUUACACGCACACAACCCGCCGAGGCGGUGGACGAGCCCGAACCGGUUUACAAUAUGACAAAAUGCUGUCAGGCAUCCGGCCUGCUGCCACAAUGUGCGCCACUCUGUUCGUACAACAUUAAAUUGUCGGAUAUUGAAAAGCUCGGACCGGCGUGCCGUGCACAAAUGUCGGUUAUUGUGCGCUGCGCCGCCGGUGGCCGUGAUCAUACGCCCUGCUGUCAGCGUCGCGGCGUGCCCACCGCUUGCAUGACCAUCUGCCGUGGCGUCAUGCCGCACUACGCGAACGGCGCCGGCAGCAAUGCGGGCGCGCUGAGUGGUAGCAGCUAUAGCGGCAACAAUGGCACGACCUCCAGUGAUUGUCUAUCCUACGCGGGCAAUAUUUUGCAAUGCAUCGAAGAAGGCACCGAGAGCAUACCCGGUCCAGCUGAGGACGUGCACGCCAUUUCGGUAACAAAUACCACAAUUAGCUUGACUUGGCGUCAACCCGGCUACGAGGCAAGCGCACCCACCGCAGCAACAACAACAACCACAGACAAUGAAGAGGAGAACAUGAAGAAAGGCGCUACUUCAACAACCGCUGGCAGCGCGAACAAUGGCGACAACAACAAGAACUCCGGCAACUCUAAUGACAUUGCCACGGCUGGUGGCAGUGAUGCGUCGACGUCAAACAGCGAUGAUGAUAUCGAUUUUAUCGUGCAAUAUGGCAAAGUCAAUAACAUGACCCUCUAUGAGACUGUGGCGAAACUGGAAAAUGAAUUGACCACAAACGAGACCAGCAUCGCGCUGACGAAUUUGGAGCCGCACGCAUUGUAUCGCAUUAUGGUGGUGACGCGCGGACGUUACGGUACAGCGUUGCCAUCUUCGAUGUUACUGAUCAAUACGACCGAGGAUGAGAAUGCCACAAACAAGAAUUAUACCUAUGGUGCACCCUCACCGCCCCACUCGUUGUCGAUUACAUCGCACAGCGCGACCUGGAUGCAAUUGACUUGGCAGCCACCAGAAUAUUCGCAUCCGCAUGAGAAGAUUACAUACAGAGUCUACCACAAACCCAUGAAAUCGGAGAAGUUCAACAAAAUCGAAACUAAAGUAGCAUGGCUCCGUAUGAGCAACCUCAAACCCAGCUCACAACACAUACUAUACGUCGAAGCAAUUGGUGAGCAUGCGACAUCUCUGCCUUCCGAGACACUGGUGGCUUGGACCGAUCCAGCGUUGCCAGCAUUCGUUGAUCCACCAACAGUACACCCUGCGGAUAACAUACCCGAAGGUGGUUCGAUGACUAUACUCUGCUUAGCUUUGGGUAAUCCGGCGCCAACUAUUUCACUGUACGUCGGUGGACAUUUGGUGCGUCAGGAUACGUCAAGACACAUGGUUACAGUUAUACACAAUGUCACUGCUGACAUGGAGCAUAUAUCCUGCUAUGCAGACAAUGGUUAUGGUGUGCCUAUGCAGGCCACAAGAAGAGUCAAUAUUUGCUAUGCACCAAAAAUUACCGCCGCCGGCAUCACAGUCGCCUCGUUGGGCGAUGAGGUCGAGCUGCGUUGCACAGUCGAUGCUAAACCGACACCAAAGACCAUCUUCUGGCGUGAUCAUGAUGGCCGCGUGCCCGUCAUACAAGGUGGUCACUUCGAUAUCUCAACCAAAAUGAAUGAAUCGCAUACAAAUCUCUACACAAUGUCGCUGCGCAUCAAUAAGAUGUUGGCGACGGAUGUAGGCGAUUACUUCUGUCAUGCGGAAAAUGCUUUCGGCUCCGCCACGUCGGCGGUUUCGGUGCGCAUACGCACCACACCCGCGCUGGGACGUAAUGUAUCCGAGUGUUGUCGUCAAAUGAAUGUAUCCAUGGCCUGCCGUGCCGCUUGCAGUUAUUAUGUCGACAUCGAGGCGAUCGCCGACAAACCCGAGUGUAUUGUGGACUUCGAUAAGCUGAUGAAAUGCGCGGCGGACGGUUCGGAUCACCGCAGCUGUUGUGCGGAUGCGAAUGUGCCGAGGAAGUGUUUGAAUUGGUGUCGCGGUGAUUCCGUGCGUUCGAAGGAGAUCUGUAGCCUGCAAUAUUCGCGCACAAUUGUUGGCUGCUUUGAAAUGAACAGGGAUAAACUGCCGGGACCACCGGAGAAUAUUGCUGUCAGCGUUGUGUCGGACAAUGAGGUGAUGAUUAGAUGGGAUCCACCACAAAAGAACCCGAAUGUGGUCGAAGGUUAUCGGAUAUUUUACCAUGAGGCAGCCAUACUUGCAGGUGACUCCAGUGAAUCCAGCGGUGACGGCAUGACCUACAAUGCAACAACACUGCAAAAUACCACCGAAAUUAGACGCCUCGAUGUGAAGGAGACCACGGUGAAUAUAAAUGGUUUGAAGAAGGAUGUGCUCUAUGAGCUGGUGGUGAAAGCUGGCAAUUCCUUUGGCGCCAGCAUUCUCACCGAACCAGUUAAAUUCACGCUGGGCGAUCAUCACGUCACCUCAGCGACAACAUAUUCAAAUGCUGUCGGCACCAUCAGUGGCAUUGUGGCCAGCAUUCUGGCUGUGCUAUUAGCAGCAGCGGCCAUUGUGUUUUAUCGGCGUCAUCGCGCACGUAACGGUAAGGCUGGUAAUGGUGUGGCUUUCGAAAAUCCAACAUACACACGCGGUCUGGAGCAAGUUCAGCUGCCCACAGUGACAUCGGCCAUCACGCAUGCCGGCACCACCGCCCAAUCGGCGCAACGAGAUGGUAUCGUCAACGAUGCGAACGCGGACGCGCACACACAAUGCAACGAAGUAAAUCCGACAAUUUACGAAGAGCUCAAACUUGGCCAAGAAGGUGCUGGAUUCAAGAAACUUGUGCCAUAAAUGCUAAAAUGUGCAAUAAAACUCAAACACAAACACAGACGCGCACAAACACAGAAACAGAUGUACACUUACAACAAAAAUAUACACAUAUAUACAGAAAAUAGUUGAAGGGAACAUAAAAACUAAGAAAAUGACAAAAAGUUGAAUGAUAAAAGCUGCUUAGCUAACAGUACAAGCAACAGUUAGCCAAGCAAGCAAAACUAUAACAUAGACACACAUACAAACGCACAAAAAACAUAAAAACUCAAGUCACACACACGAAAGCAUUUUCGCACGCACACUAUUACAAAAGUCGUAGCUAGCAGCUGCUGGUAUUUAUAUUGUAGUUGUAUGACGCUAGCACACUUAGGCGUAUACGUAACUUUUUAAAUACAAAAAAAAA